AUGGGAAACCCGCCGCCUCCCGCAGAGCUGCUCGCGAUGGGCCCGCCGAAAGGGACGAGGAGGAGGAGAGGAGAGGUGGUAGAGAUCGCACAAGGACAGCAGGAGGAGGAGGGAGCGGGAGCGAUCGACGAGGGUACCCGAGUGCAGCUGGUUGAGGCUGUGAAAGGACUAAUGCGAACUCAGAUCAGCUCAGGGAGGCAGGUAGGGAUGCAGGUGUCAGUGUACUGGAAGGGAGAGGAGGUAGCGUGUGUGUGCGGAGGAGGAUACAGGACGUCGGAGAGCAAGGAGUGGAAGCCUGUGACGAGGGACACGCUGUUGAUGACCUACAGCGUCUGCAAGGGUGUGUCGGCAGUAGCGCUCAUGACGUGUGUUGAUGCGGGGGAGUGCGCCUACUCUCAGCCCGUCUCCUCUGUGUGGAAGGAGUUCGGGCAUGCAGGCAAGUCGACGAUGAGCAUCGCAGAUGCUGUGUCGCAUCGAGGAGGGAUUCCCGGCAUGUCGGGGGGGGUUAUCUAUGCGCACAUGAAAGCGCUCAAGAGAGGCUGGAAGUAUGCUUGGGAUGCCGGCAUGAAGUUUGUUGAGAAGUACAAGCCUGAAUGGAAGAUCGGGACCAUUUCAUCGUAUCACUACGUUUCUUUCUCAUGGAUCAUCGGCGGGAUCGUUCAGUUUGCUUCAGAGAAGCACAUCUACGACAUAGUCCGCGAGAGGAUCGCCAAGAAACUUCAGGUUGCUGACGACAUGUACCUCGGCCGACUCCCAGCCAACGAGCACGGUCGAGCUGCUCUCCUGGAGAACCCUCGAGCUUACUCAAAGGUGAAGUGGAGCAUCAGCAAGUCUCUCGCCUCCUCCAUCGAAGCCAGAGCCUCCGUCAGCCUUGGAAACAGCAAAACAUGGAGAGCAACUUUGCCGUCUGCCUUCGUUGACAUGCAUGCUGAAGGAACACAGCUUGUGUCAGCCAGCACAGUAGAACAAGUUGUACAACUCAUGGAGGAUCCGAGCAACAACGUCGGGACUAGAGGGGAUGACCUCGUCGCAAACUUGUCCCUGGGCUUCAGCCCAUGGAAGAAUUUCCGUGUGCAUGAUGAAGGCUGCGCGUUCUGGCACUGCGGUAUGGGAGGAUGUAUUGCGUAUGGGGAGCCGAAGACUCGGUUCUCUAUUGCUGUGUUCAAGACUGCGUACGAGCCAAUCUCGAUGUUCGAUGGAGAGAACAUCCCACCUGAUGUGCUGGACAUUGUGAAAGCGGUGAAGGAAGUGUUGAGGAUUGAUGUGAGAAGAUACGGCGAUGUGUGA